UUAUGCCAAAGCCGUAGGAACCUAGGUCCUUCCGUCCUAUCGACCAAGUGAACCGGGUCCGGUUUCAAGCUCACCAGCUUUUCAUCACCGUAAACGUUUUCGCGGGAGGCAAGCGCAGUUGCCGCGGCGGUGGUUAUCUGUACCGUCAAAUGUCAUGGAUAUACUGGAAAUGCUGCUUAGAACGGCGGCCAGUGAUGCAGGGUUUGCUCAACAAUACGAAACGGUACUUAUCGAACUAUCAAGUAGCUGCUAAUGCCUUCGAGAUGGCUGCAAAACAUGGCGAAUUGAGGGUUUUCAUUGUCGCCGGAGAAGUCUCCGGCGAUACCAUCGGUUCUCGUCUCAUGUCAUCUCUGAGGACGUUGUCUCCUGUUCCUGUUCAUUUCUCUGGCAUUGGAGGCCCCAUGAUGUCCAAGCAAGGACUGGAGUCUCUAUUCCCCAUGGAGGAUAUUGCAGUAAUGGGAAUAUGGGAGCUAUUUCCUCAUCUAAGGAGAAUUAGAGAAAAGCUCAAGAGGACCGUUGAGGCUGCUAUUGUGUUUCAACCUCAUGUUGUUGUAACAGUGGAUUCUAAAGGGUUCUCGUUUCGUCUCCUAAAGCAGAUACGUGCUAGAUACAGAUGCCGUAAACUGGAUGGUCCACUACAUUUUCAUUAUGUAGCACCAUCAUUCUGGGCUUGGAAAGGAGGUGAAGAAAGGCUUAAAGGUCUCGUUGAAUUUGUUGACCACAUUUUAUGCAUACUUCCAAAUGAAGAAGAAGUUUGCAAAUCAAAUGGAUUGGCAGCGACCUUUGUGGGGCACCCUAUUCUGGAGGAUACAUUAGAACUCAAUGUGGUAAGAUAUGGGAAGGAUGCCUCGUCAAUAGAGUUGAAAAUACAGGGAAUGAGACAUUUGAGGAAUUUUGUUUUUGAAGAUGCAACAACCAUUUCCCUGCUUCCUGGAAGUAGGUUACAGGAAGUCAGCCGAAUGAUUCCAAUCUAUACAAGUACUUUGGAGUUGUUGAAAGAAUCCUUCCCAGAGCUGAUAACAAUCAUUCACGUUGCUCCGAAUCAGCAUGUACAGGAUUAUAUAAGUGGAGUCCUUCAUAAUUGGCCUGUGCCUGCCAUUUUGGUUGCUGGAGGAUCACCUCGAGCAAAAUAUGAUGCAUUCAGUGCUAGUAAGGUUGCGUUAUGUACUUCCGGUACAGUUGUCACGGAGUUGCAGCUUGCUCGGUUACCUUGUGUAGUUGCUUACAGAGCUCAUUUCUUAACCGAAUGGUUCAUUCGACGUAAAGCGAAUGUAUCAUACAUCUCCCUUCCCAAUAUUCUUCUAAACUCACCUGUUAUUCCAGAGGCACUGUUUCAAGAAUGCACUCCAGCGAGGCUACAUUCGAUGCUCAAGGAAUUAAUACUUAACGAUGACCUGCGCAACAAACAGGUCAUCGCAGCCAAAGAGGUGCUUAAACUGCUGUCGCCUUCAAAAGAAAAUAUGAAGAUCUUAGCACAGGAAGGCUUAAAAUGCACAUCUUCAAUCUGCAUACCCAGCAUGAUAGCGGCAUCUGCCAUACUGUUCUAUAAGAGGACCCAAGAGGUGGGUUGGAAUCAGCCAGUUUUUCAGCAGUGAAGCCUGAUCAAUUUUGUAAUGUGAUAUUUUUAUUGUGAACCAUUCUAGAUUAUUGGAAUUGUUUGUUUGGAGAACAUUGCAAUGAAAACAACCCGUUGAAUCAUUGAUGAUGAGAUGGAUUCUCUUUGGCCAAACGGUAGAUUCUAGAGUGCCCAAUGAGAGAAAAAAUGAAGUAAAAUAAAAAGGAAAGAAAAAGAGUGAGUGAAUGAUUCAAACGCUGUUGAUUUUAUUUCCCCAUCCUCUGUUUCAACCAA